AUGUCAUGGCAGCCGCCCUAUCACAGCUCAAAAUUCCGUCAUGUGUUUGCAAAGCCCGCCUCUCGUGAGAACCACUACACUGGCCUGCCAAUCACACGCAGUGUCCAUGACAACGCCUUCUGUGCCGUCAAUCCCCGUUUCAUCGCCGUGGUGACAGAAUGUGCUGGUGGCGGGGCCUUCCUAGUCAUCUCCAUCUAUCACAGAGGACGAGUGGACCCCCAGCACAGCCGUGUGUGUGGUCACCAUGGCCGAGUGUUAGAUGUGAGGUGGGACCCAUUCAGUGACCUGCGCAUUGCCUCCUGCUCAGAAGACUGCACGGUAAAGGUAUGGAACAUCCCACCUCAGGGUUUAAGAGAGAACAUUGUCAGGCCCGUGAAGGACCUGCGAGGACACACCCGUCGGGUGGGGCUUAUCGAGUGGCACCCAAUUGCCAAAGACAUCCUGCUCAGCUCAGCCUAUGACUACAAGGUUCUGAUAUGGCGGCUGGACGGGGCAGGGUGUGUGUGUCGGCGGCCGGUCCGUGUGAUUGGGGUCCACUCAGACCUAGUGCUCUGCCUCAGCUUCAACACAGACGGCAGCAGAAUGGCCACCACCUGCAGAGACAGGACCAUUCGUAUCAUACACACACUCAGCGGACAAGUGCUGCAGCGUUCGAGUGUGUGUUCCCACCGGCCCUGUAAGGUGGUGUUUGCAUCUGAGCUGCAGCUGCUGGUGACCACUGGAGCCUCCUACUGGAACCAGAGACAGAUCGCUGUCUGGGACUCAGAGGAUCUUACUGCACCAUUGUGGGAGGAGGAUUUAGAUGGAGAGUCUGGAGUUCUCUUCCCCUUCUUUGACCCUGAUACACACAUGAUCUUCUUGGCCGGAAAGGGUGAUGGGAAUACCCGCUUCUUUGACCUUAGCUCUGUCAAGCCUUACCUGCACUACUUGGCUGAGUACAGAUCACCACUACCACAGAGAAGCUUGGCGGUGAUGCCCAAGCGUGGCCUGGAUGUGAGCAUAUGUGAGGUCUUCCGUUUCUACCGUGUGGUGGGAGUAAAAGACCUGCUUGAGCCCCUCUCUCUUAUUGUCCCACGCAGGGCGGAAGGCUUCCAGGAUGAUCUCUACCCUCCCACUGCAGCAAAUGAACCUGCUCUAACGGCUGACCAGUGGGUGGAGGGACAUACCAGAGGUCCAUUGCUGAUGUCCCUGAGGCCUGGGACUGAAAUACAGAACCCGUACCCAGCACCAGAACCUGUUUCCAGGCCAGACUUUAGCAGAGAGUCCCUCAGCCCCCUCACCCAGCUCCAACCAAUGGAAACCCACUACUCAGAGCAACCGGCCAAUCACAGCGCAGCGUACAUCUAUGACAUCAGUGAUCUGUCAGAAUGGCAGGAGGACGACACACACACCCUGAAGACACAGCCCAUGGAGACACACUCGCUUGACUGGGGUGUCACACACACCGCCAGCUCUUCACACACCCACACACACAGCGGAGCAGAAAUGCUAAAUAUGGCCGAACCACUCGCACCCGCAGUGCCUGGACACACACACAAUGCAGAUGUUCACACAGCACUGCCGGGAGUGCACAGCUCACACACAAACACACACACUCUCUCACACACAGUAGUGUUACCAGCCACAGACAUGCACCUGUUGUUAGAGACACAACACAAUGCACAGGGGAACUCACAAAGCAUUCUCCAUUCCCCCACACACUCCACUCUGGUCUGGUGUGAAUCCCCAGUGUAUACACCACCCAGCAUAGAUGAUGAGCUGUUGUGUGUGUUCUACAGACAGUGUGAGGAGCUGAGGUCUUUACGGGCAGAGCUUCAAAAGAAGGACAUGCGCAUCAACCAGCUGGAGCAGGACAUCACUCACCUGCGCAACACACACACACACUCCAACUUCACCCCCCCUCACGCCGCACACACACACCUGCGACAUCCUCACACACUCACGGCAGUACCACUCACUGAUCGUACGCAACACACACACACACAGGGAGUGUGCUUUCCCACCCAGCGGGUACACUACACAGGGCACAGUCACGCACGCCCAACAGCAAUGCCAGCCCAGAUACCCAGAUGCCCAGCCAAAACACACACUGACCAAGCCCCCAGCCCCCGAACAUCCUGCUGACACACACACACACACACACACA